AUGGCGUCGCUAGAGAUCAUGGCAGGGCCGCCUAUCUCGUCUGCAUCAUCUGCAGGGGUUAAGAAACUCGUGUGUCGCGUGUGUCAAAAAGGAUUCACUAAGGCUGAACAUCUCCGAAGACAUGAGCGCUGUCAUACCGGCUCCAAGCCUUACGUCUGUAAAGAAUGUCGCCGGCCAUUCGCCCGCCAAGAUGCCCUCACCCGCCAUGAGAAAUUGCAUCUGCGGGACAUGAAUGCAAAGCAGGGCCCAUCACCACAGUCGGUGCCGCCCCCCUCAGCCUCGUUAGAUUCAAUGACCUCGUGGGAUGCUAGCAGUACCUCUACUACGACGGGUCCGGUCUCGACGUCGGCGACUAGCCGAUCGUGGGAUGAGCCCCAGGUAGCCCAGCAUCAGAGCAUGCACAAUGUUGCUACUGAUCUGGACUUUGCCCUCGUCUGGCCGGAUUCGGAGAAUCUGUUCCAGAGUUUGAUGUCCUCUGAUACUACUGAUCAAUGGCAAAUGCCCAUGGGGACGUUGCCCUUCCCACCCGUAGUGCAAGAUGUGAAUGGAAUGAAUUUUGGGUCGCCCAACUCGUUUGAUGAUCGGAGUUCUUCCGUGGGUGCCAUCCCAUCUGGCGGUGGACAUCAGGCUGUGCGCGAUGUGACGGAGAUGAUAACUAGCUCGUCCUCGAGUGUCACCGCCGCUGUCAAAGCCACGUCAAUCACGUCAGUCUUCCUCGAUGAAUGCUUGCACAUGUUCUUUGUCCGGUUCAUCCCGACCUUCCCAAUCUUGCAUCGGGCCACGUUUGUCUUCCGCGAGUGCACCCAUGCGCUCCUCCUCAAUGCCAUCGCGAUUGGAUCUUUAUACUUGGGUCCCUCCGACUCCGUUGCCAAAGGCGAGGCAUUAUGGAGAUUGGCUCACACGGCCGUUGCGACGUCAUGGCAGUCCUUGAUCACUCACAACGGGCCUUAUGAUGCCUGCAAGGGAGUCCAGUUGAUGAUCACCGCAUUGCUGGGUCAGAUCUACGGGGCGCUAUCGAAGAACCGAGCCGUUCGCACCACGAGUCAAGUAUUCCGCCCGCUCGGCUUUUUCUGGGCUCGUCACUGUGGCAUGUACGACAGUGAACCCUAUUCGAUGGAGAACCUCCCUUGUGCCGAGGCUCCCCUAGCUGAGAAGGAACACCAAUGGCGUAUCUGGGCCGCACGGGAAAUCCAACAGCGUGCCCUUCUGGCAUACUACGUCCUUGACGGUCUUGUGGCACAAAUGUCCGGUGAUGGAGCAUCGGCUCGCCAUGUCUCCAAUCCCUUGAGCCUUCCUAGCAGUGAAGGUGCCUUUGACGCAAAUACCGCUGACGAGUGGCUGGCACACAUGCACUCGCAACAACCAGAUCAAUCAUCUUUCCGUGUCGUCUUCCGAUCUCUAUUCCCACCGGUUGGUAACUUCAGAGCCCUGGACUACCAGUUCUCCGCAUUUGCUCUCCGUGUAGUCCUAGAAGGUCUCCAAUCCCUGAUAUCCGACUGCGACGAGCACGAUCUCGCGGUGGGUGUCCCAGGACGCUCCGAUGUACGCCGCGCACUCGCUCAAGUACACGAGACAAUCUCAAUGAGCAUCCAUUUCUCUGCUGCAGAGCGGCUGGAGAUCCUUCUUCGUUGGCACACCGUCUGUCUAGACACUAUGAUCAACUCCACCGUUCUAUCUCGACAUGUCUGCUCUCGAUACAACAUCCCACAACACGUCUCGGGAGGCUGUCGAACAGUCCGUCCAGACUUUGACCUCCUCAAAUGGGCCAACACGGAAGAUGCUCGCCGUGCCGUCCUUCAUGCCGUCGCCAUCCAAGAUAUUGUCGAGCAACUACCACGUGGACGUGCCCAUGUUGUUCACAUGCCUAGCUCGCUAUUCGCAGCCGCCACCGUCUACGUUGUCUUUUCCCUGGCCGGUGUUGCUACCGUCAAUCUCCCACGCACGAUAGUCUGGCAAGACGCUCUCCUCUCCCACUCAGACCUCAAUCUCGGUCACGACGACAUCCGUCCCGCCUCCGGGUCCGAGACACGACGCUUCGUGGAAACCGAGCAGGCAAUUGCACCUGUCCCAAUUGGCGGCACCGUUCGCAAUCUUCUGUAUGAGUUGAACUCCAUGCAGAAGCUUUUCCGUUGUCUGUCUUCCCAGUGGGGUAUUGCGCAUGACAUGGAGAAUAUUAUUGCGCAGUGGAUUCAAUUGUGUCAUUAG